CUUGGCGGUGCUUGUGGAUUUCUUCUUACUCCUUUUAUGGUAUUCAGUGACUGUUCAAGGAAAGAUCUGAUUGAAAACGGCAAGUUUAAUGUGGCAUUGAUCCUUACGACAGCGAACAUUGGAAUGCUAGUCUUGACAGUUUUAACCUUUCAGGAUGAGCCCUUAAAUCCACCAAGUCAAUGUCAAGCACUCAAAGAACAAUCAACAUGUAUACCGUAUAAAACUUCUGCACUUCGCAUCAUACGAAACAAACAUUUUGUUCUGUUACUAUUCUUGUAUGGUUUUUUUGUUGCUACUUUCAUAACCGUUGCAACAAUGUUGAACGAAACAGUUAUUUAUUAUUUUCCCGGCAGGCAGAAAGAAGUUGGUAUAAUGGGAGCCAUCCUCAUAGGAAGUGGAAUGAUAGGAUCUGUUGUUGCGGGGUACAUACUGGAUUUGACUCACAAAUUUAAGUAUGAACAGUUCAUUUCCAAAACAAUUGUCUUUCUUUUG